AACAAGCAGCAAGCAGUCGCACUCGAGCUCCCGAGCAUCUAGAACGUAUGAUAGUCACGGUCGCGAUCCAUCGACGGAUCAUCAGUCUAUCAAGGUUUGCCAGUCAGUCGUUGUGGAGCACCAGUCGAGUGAGACUCCUCUGCAGCAGUUCAAAAGCUAUUCCACCACCUGUGUCGAUGGCGGACAGGAUUGCAGAAAUUCACGCCAAUGCAGUCGUGGAACGCGGGGAACGACGAGAUUCCGAGAUGGGAGAUGAUUGGGCCGAUACGUUCGUGGAUUCUACGCCCAAAUUCGAUCCCAGUACCUACAACAAGCGUGAAUUGGCACACAGAGUCUUCGUCAAUCGCAGCUUGCAUUUGGAGAAAAUCAAAUUCUAUGGAUUCGACAUGGACUACACCCUGGCAGAAUACAUUUCACCGGCUUACGAGAAAAUGGGAUUCGAUUUAUGCCGUGAUUACCUCGUCACAAUGGGAUACCCGCAGGAAAUUCAAGAGUUUGAGUAUGAUCCAUCCUUCGCUUUGAGAGGAUUGUGGUUCGAUACACUGUACGGAAAUCUUCUUAAAGUCGAUGCGUAUGGUAAUAUCUUGGUUUGCUCCAGAGGAUUUCAAUUUUUGAAACCGUCGGAAAUUUACGCACUAUAUCCCAACAAAUUCAUUCAACUCGACGAAUCACGUGUCUAUGUUCUCAAUACGCUUUUCAACUUGCCGGAAUGCUACUUGUUAGCCUGCCUAAUUGAUUACUUUAUGGGUCAAAGAGAAGCACAAAAUGACGCGACAUCGACCGGAAUCAAGCUAGGAGAUUUGUUCAUGUCGUACAAGUCCAUGUUUCAAGAUGUACGCACAGCUGUAGAUUACGUCCACCUUAAGGGAGAUUUGAAACGUUUGACGGUUGAAAAUCUUUCGAAAUUCGUUCAACGUGACGACCGCCUGCCAACCUUACUCGUUCGACUCAGGGCAAACGGUGCCAAGGUCUUCCUCUUGACCAAUUCUGAUUACAAUUACACGGACAAAAUCAUGAAAUACAUUCUGGAACCGCUGGAAAAAACUGAAGUUAGCCGUGAUUGGUCGACUUACUUUGAUUACAUCGUGAUUGAUGCCAAAAAGCCUCUCUUCUUCGGCGAAGGAACCGUUCUUCGACAGGUUAAUACCACAACAGGAGCUCUGAAAAUCGGCACUCACUUGGGUCCUUUGAAGCCGGGCCAAGUGUAUUCAGGAGGUUCGUGUGAGGUUUUCACUGAUCUGAUCGGUGCCAAAGGAAAAGACGUGCUCUAUUGUGGUGAUCACAUCUUUGGUGACAUUUUGAAAUCGAAAAAAAUCCGGGGCUGGCGGACCUUUUUAGUCAUCCCAGAGUUGGUCCAGGAGUUGCACGUCUGGACAGAUAAAUGCCAGCUGUACACCCGUCUUCAGAAUCUGGAUAUCAGUCUGGGAAAUCUUUACAAAAACCUUGAUAGCUCCGCCCAAGUCAAACCCGACAUCAGUAAAGUUCGCAUGGCCAUGCGUGAAGUGACACACGAAAUGGAUUUAGCCUACGGAAUCAUGGGCAGUCUCUUCCGUUCAGGAUCUCGCCAGACUUUCUUUUCGUCGCAAGUCGUCCGUUAUGCGGACAUUUACGCUGCUACUGUGCUCAAUCUUCUUUAUUACCCGUUCAGUUACAUGUUCCGUGCGCCGGCUAUGCUCAUGCCUCACGAAUCCACUGUGGCUCACGAACAACGUCUGGUCGUUGAAAAUCCUGAAAAGUACUUCCGCUCGCGCCAAGGAUCGCUUACUCCAAGCUCGACUAUCGAUGAGAUACCUGCAUUGCCAAGACCAAAGAUGGAACGAACUGCAAGCAACGUGCCCCAUGUCAGGGCUGAAACGCCAAGAAAAGUCACGCACAAUCACGACGAAGAUGAUUCGGAAGAAGAAAGCGAAAAAUCGUCUUAGAUCCGUUAUUUACCAAUCUGUAAUUCGAAAUUUUGUUUGAAUAAGCAGAAUGCUUUAAUCAAGCGCAUUCAAAAUCUAAAUUUAAUCUUGAGUUGAAUGUUUAACUUUUUUUCCAAUUAGCUCUUAAAUAAUUCUUUAAUAGAUGAGCUGGCUUCCAA